AAAAAAAUUCUUCUGAGGUCAGGUUUCAUCUUACCAAGAUGAGAUAAAAUUAUUCCAUAGAAAGGUGAAGUCAGUUCUAAAGACUGAGAUCUGAGGUUGUAUGAACAUUGUGGCCAUUGUAAUGAAUCAAGUUCUUUCAUCACCUUCCUCACAUGUCUCAUCACUUACAUACUCACCUCGCAGAACAAUUAGAGCUUCACGAGAUCAUCUUCGUGCUGAAAGUCUAAAGAGUCAUCACCUUCCUUCAGGCUCCAACUCCACCAGCUUAUGUUCAUGUGGAAGAAAACAUUUUCUUGAAGCAGCUAGCCCAACGAUGCCAUUUCUUCCCAUCUCUUCUCCUAAUGCUUCGCGUUCCAAGGACGUUACAGAAACAUUUCAUCCUCAGAGGCCAGAUUGGUAUAAGGAACUUUUUGCUUGGUUCUUGAGCACAGGAAUGCGAUCUUAUGAAGCAGAGAUCGCCGGUUACAAGAAGAAACUAUUCAAUCAUUUGGCUGGUAAAGCAGAAACAGUGUUGGAGAUUGGUGUUGGUACAGGUCCUAAUCUGAAGUACUAUCCGGGUAAUGAAAACAUCUGUGUAUUUGGUAUGGACCCGAAUCACAAAAUGGAAAAGUACGCUUGUGAAUCUGCUAAAGAAGCCGGGAUGAAACCUGAAAACUUUAGAUUCAUGAAAGGAGUUGGAGAAGCUAUACCAUUAGAUGAUGACUCUGUGGAUGCAGUGGUUGCAACACUUGUUCUAUGCUCUGUCUCAGAUGUAACUCAAACACUCAAUGAGAUUAAGCGAGUGCUGAGACCAGGAGGUACUUUCCUAUUCAUCGAGCAUGUUGCUGCUGAAGAUGGAUCAUUUUUUAGGCAUGUUCAGAAUGUUUUGGAUCCAAUACAGCAAGUAGUUGCAGAUGGAUGCCAUCUGACAAGAAAAACCGACUUACACAUUUCGGCUGCCGGUUUUGGUGGUGGCGCAGAGAUCAACAAUGCAGCAAUCUAUAGCUUCCCUUGGAUUAUAAGACCUCAUGUCUAUGGAGUAGCGUACAAGUAAAGGCUCAUGCCUAGUACAAAUCUUGACUUCAUUUUCCUUUUUUAUGCAAAUUGAUUCUCAAUAUAUUUCAAACAUUUUCCCACUCUUUGUUGUGUAAGACAAGUCUUCUAUGAUAACAUCUUUACCAAA